AUGACGAAUGGUACUGGUACUGAGUCUCUUGCUACAAGCGGGGAUACCUCUAUGCCUGCCUCGUCUGAGCCUGCUUCUCGAACUGCAUUUCAUCCUGAUAAUUACACCCACUCCUGUCAUCCCUUGUAUGUGCAUCUAUCUAAUGUGUUAGGUUCCUCUCUAGUAACUACACCUUUUGAUGGUACUGGUUAUGGUAGUUGGAGAAGAAAUAUAUUGGUGGCCUUGUCUGUACGGAAUAAGCUAGGUUUUAUCCAAGGAAUCUCUACUAGACCUCCUGAUAGUUCGCCUUUAGCCAGGCAAUGGCAGCGUUGCAAUGAUUUGGUAGUAUCAUGGUUGAUAAAUUCUCUUACUAAGGACAUUGCUCGUAGUGUAGAGUAUUCAAAACUAGCCCAGGGUAUAUGGAGUGAACUGGAGGAAAGGUAUAGUACAGCUGAUGGAGCUAGGAUUUUUGAACUUAAAAAGGAAUUACCUCAUAUCUCUCAGGGCUCAUUAGACAUAACAUCAUACUUCAAUGUGAUUAAGCAACUUUGGGAUGAAAUCAGCUCUAUUUCUACUAAUCACUGUUCUUGUGGGGGAAGCAAAAAGGCUGAUGAUGAACAAAAGCUUUAUCAGUUUUUAAUGGGCCUGAAUGACACAUAUCUUCAAGCUAGGAGCAAUAUCUUAAUGAUCAAGCCCCUUCCCAGUGUCAGUAAUGUCUAUGGUAUAUUGUUGGCUAAUGAAAAACAACGAAACAUAUCAUGCACUUCUCAGUUUUCAUCUGGUUCUGCCUCCUUUCAUGUUGGAGCUUCCGGUUUCAAGUUUACAAAAGGUGGUAACCCAAGAAAGACUGCUGCUCAUGUUGAGGUUGAAUCCUCCAAUAACUCUUUUGGGUAUUCUGAUGCUGUUGGAUCUGAACAGACUUAUUCCCUUCAUGGUCUGACCAAAGACUAG